AUGAUACAAGCCUGCGAAAUAUGCAACGUAGCUGCAAGACAACAGCAACGAGAACCACUUAUAAUUCCCGAGAUUCCCCACACUCCAUUCGAAAUCAUUUCCAUGGACGUCUUCGAGUUUCCGACAAAAAAUAAAACAAAAUAUUUUCUAAUCACCGUGGAUCACUAUUCAGAUUUUUUUGAAAUCGACGAGUUAGAUAAUUUGUCAACCACUACUACUAUAAACGUAUGCAGAAAGAAUUUUAGUAGACAUGGUGUACCCGGCAAAGUCAUUACAGAUAAUGGGACCAACUUCAUGAACUCAGGGUUCAGGAAAUUCGCACACAAAUGGGAAUUCAAUCAUCAAACGUCAAGCCCACAUCACCAACAAGCUAAUGGGAAAGCGGAAGCAGCUGUAAAGAUCGCGAAACACCUGUUGAAAAAGACCUUAGCCACAAACUCGGAUUUCUACAAAGCAUUACUAAUUUGGUGA